AACUAGCCGUUACGAGAGCGUGCAGAGCGCAACGUUCAUUUUCUUCCCUUUCAUUGCGCCCUUUCUUCAUUCACUUCUUCAAGGCAAUAGAAUCAACUCCCAUCACCACCUUUCACGCCGUCGAAUCUUCCCCUCACCAUUAAAGAAACCAUUUCAGGCAACACCGAUUCGAUCUCCGGUGAUCUUUGAUCGAUUUCCGGCGAUAUUUCGAUGGAUUUAGGCGGAAAGAACUGUGGGACAAUGACGCCCACCAAAGACCCAAAAGCGUCCCGAUCGAAGGUCGCAGAAGUCUCAAAAUUUUCGGAGAAUUUCGAUCCCAAUAGAUCUACGGUAAGUCCUCUGAAACCAGGGAACACUCCACUAACCAAGUCGGCCAAAUCGAAGAAAUCGGCUCCAAAAACCCCGAAUCAGAUUAUUUCUCCCCGUGCCAAGAUUCGUGAAAGAAAGUUUGUGGUGGCCAAGAAGAAGUCGAAGACAGCACUUUCCACUGCUACCUGCAAAUGCAAGGAGAAGAUGGGAGGUAAUCUAAAGAAGUGCCCCUGCAUUGCUUACGAAAGUCUCCGGGCGUCUCAAGAAGAGUUCUUCAGGAACCGGAGUAGCAUCGAGCAUGAAUUCGAUUUUGACGAAUCAACAAUGAACUUCGAAAGACCUGAAGGUGAAGAGGAUCAGAGAAUCCCCAUUAUGGAGAACUUAGAAACUGCAGUUGCAUCAGAAGACAAAGCCGUGGAAGGUAGCGGUCAUUCGAUGAACGAUUCAGGUAACCAAGUUAUGGAGGAGCACGAAUUAUCAAGUGAAAUGGGUAGUUCGAAGAUCAAGAGGAGAAGGGACAAGUUGAUGGAAGAAGCCAGGAAUAGUAUUCCUGAACCAGGUUCGGGAAGAGUGAUGCAUUUGGUUAAGGCCUUUGAAAGGCUUCUUUCAAUUCCGAGUUCCAAGGAGUCGAAACGGAGCGAAGAGGGGGACGAUAAUAGUAAGAAGGGAAUGAAGUGGGCAUUACCGGGAUUGCAACCUAAGGCCCAAGAAACAGAGGUUUCUUCAUCUUCUUUCUGUCCGUCAGAAUUGUUCUUCACAUCGGAGAAUUUUGGCACGGAUUCAAGAAUUUCCUCUUCAGUAGACAGCAGCCAAGGAAGCUUUACUUUUACUAGCAGCAGAGGUUCUGGUGGGACCAGAAGGACACGCCGAAAAAGUGCUGAAUCCAUAGGGUCAUUUGGAGGAAGUAAAUGGAAGAAGAAGCAGCAGCUCAGAGUCACCAGACAACAACCAUUCAAAUUAAGAACAGAGCAAAGAGGAAGAUCUAAGGAGGAAGAAUUUCUCAAGAAAGUACAGGAAAUGAUGAUGGAAGAGGAGAGACUUAGAAUACCGGUAGCACAAGGCCUGCCAUGGACAACAGAUGAGCCAGAGUGCUUAGUGAAGCCUCCAGUGAAAGAAAAUACAAAACCUAUUGACCUCAAACUUCACAGCGAUGUUAGGGCAAUUGAGCGUGCUGAAUUUGAUCAUCAUGUUGCUGAGAAGUUAAACUUAAUUGAGCAGUAUAGAAUGGAAAGAGAAAGGCAGCAAAAGUUAGCAGAAGAGGAAGAAAUAAAGCAGAUGAGAAGAGAGCUCGUUCCAAAAGCUCAGCCCAUGCCAUACUUUGACAGGCCUUUCAUUCCAAAAAGGUCAACGAAGCACCCAACCAUUCCAAGAGAACCGAAGUUCCAUAUUCCUCAGCACAAGAAGAUCAAGUGCAUGUCAUGGACUGACAUGAGCAUCUAUACUCAUCAGCACUGAUAAAGAAUGGGAGAGAAGAAAAUGGAUGAAAGAAGAAUAAUAGAAUUUGAUCAUUUAAUUCAUUUUUUUUUCUUUUCUUUUUCUCUUUUUCAUUGUGUAAGCAAUCAAUUUAAUUGCAUUUUGAUGAACAAAUUCACCCUGCAAUUGGUUGUGACAAGCGCUAGUGUUGCUUACACUUAGUGCUAUUAUAGUUCAAUUGAAUAUUUUUUAAAGUUCA